GGGAUUUGCACAAAUGAAGAGCAAGAGUCCGAUCAUGAGCAAGUCUUGGAUAGUGUUUCAUUUGAGGGCAUUGCAAACUACAUAAAGACUGAGAAAUGUAAAAACAUCAUAACAAUGUCCGGUGCAGGCAUUUCUACAGCAGCAGGGAUACCUGACUUCAGGUCACCAGGAAGUGGUCUAUAUGACAAUCUUCAACAGUACAAACUACCUUAUCCUGAGGCUAUAUUUGAGCUAGAGUUUUUCAAGGAAAGUCCAGAGCCUUUUUUUAAACUUGCCAAGGAACUCUAUCCUGGAACAUUCAAGCCAACCAUGUCACAUUACUUUAUUCGCUUACUGUAUGAAAAAGGACUGCUUCUUCGACAUUAUACACAGAAUAUUGAUACAUUGGAGAGGGUUGCCGGAAUUCCAGGAGAGAAGCUUGUUGAAGCUCAUGGUACAUUCCAUGAAGCCCAUUGUUUACAUUGCAGAAAGGCCUAUUCUCAGCAGUGGAUAAAAAAAGAGAUAUUUGAUGACAAAGUUCCAUCUUGUGUUAAAGACAGUUGCAGUGGUAUUAGCGCAGUGUACAUGAGUCGUGAAAUAAUGAUCAGUGAUGUCAGCUGCUCUAUGGAGAGUUUGGAUAACGGUCAAUGUUCCGACUGCACUGAAUCGAAGAGCAAGAAUAUGUCGACGAAAAUGCUGCAUCAGCUUAACACAUUUCGACAAGAAGAUACACUUUGUGACGCUAAAUUGCGAUUAGAGGUGGGCGAAUUUCCCGUGCAUAAAGUCGUAUUGUCUUCGAACUGUCCUUACUUUCGUACGCUGUUUACUGCGAAUAUGAAAGAACGAAAUCAAAACGUCAUCGACUUAAAAUGUCCUCCGGACAUUUUUCAUAGUAUGGAUGAUUUCCUAACGUUUUUAUACACUACUAAAGUUCAAUUCACGCAAGAUAAUGUCGAAGCCCUGAUAGUCGCUGCAGAUUACUUUAAUGUUGUCGAAUUGAAAGAGCUUGGUUGUCAAUUUUUGCAAAAGAAAUUGAACUUGUCAAACGGUAUUGCUUUGCAUUGUUUUGCUGGGAAAUACCACUGUGAACCGUUGCGUGAAACGACUCGAGAUUUUCUCAUGGAAAACUUCACAGAGCUAUCUCAAACUGAUGAAUUUUUAUUAACGGACUCACAGCAGCUUUUAGAAAUCGUUUCCCACGAUAAUAUAGUCGUCUUUAGCGAAGAAGAUUUAUACAAAGGUAUUGUCAGGUGGGUAAAACACGACUUGACGAACAGACAGGGAGUUUUCCCCGAGUUAUUUUCAUUUUUACGGAUAAGGGAUAUCGAUAGGACUUUUUUAGCGGACACAGUUGCCACGGAACCUCUUGUCGCGAAUAAUCCCAACUGUUAUGAACUCUUAAUGAAGGGGAUACUGGACUGCUAUGUUACUAAUGAUGCUUCAAAUAUUUGGCCAUCGCGGUUUCUUGACUGCAUCUUCGUGAACGGUGGUCGUGAACCUGUGGGAGCGACAGCAUCAUCGUAUCUCUAUGUGCCAUCUCAGAACAAGUGGUAUGUUCUACCAUCCAUGAGCAUAGUUCGUUAUAGCCAUGGUGUAGCUGCUAUUGGUGAAAAUAUUCACAUCUUGGGUGGAUAUUCAAAGAAUGGGUUCACAGCUGAAGUUGAGAUUUUUAAUGUGAGGAAAAAGAGAUGGUUGACAAUUCCGGCUAUGCCUACACCAAUGAAGGGCAUGGCUGUUGCAUCAGUUGGUGAUUCAUUGUAUGUUGCUGGUGGUAUUGUUGAGAAUGGUGUACGUCUUGGAAUUUUAAAAUGUUAUCACUCAAAAACACAAAGAUGGGAAGUGAAAGCUCCCUUGCACACUUCACGUAGUGGUGCCUGUCUUGUUGCUACUGAUGAUUACUUGUAUGCCAUUGGUGGAAAGGCAAGCGAUAACCAGAUGUUAUCAUCAAUGGAACGAUAUUCUGUUACCAAAAAUUCAUGGGAGGUAAUGCCUCAGAUGACACAUAAACGUGCUUAUGCUGUUGCUACGGUUGUUGCUAAUGGUAACAUUCUCGUUGUUGGGGGUAUCAAUGAAGUUGGUGAAUUGGAUACCAUUGAUCAUGUGGUUGUGAUAAGGACAUACAUCCGCAGUUGUGAAAUGUUUAAUCCAAGUGUAGGUGUCUGGUUUCCUGUUGCAGAUAUGAGUGUACCAAGAGCCUUUGCUGGUAUUGGUAGACAUGGUGAUAAGGUUUUGAUAUUCGGUGGAGAAGGAAAUGGUACUAGAUACCAUAGUAGCAUUGAGUGUUAUGAUUAUGUGACCAAUACUUGGAGUGUAUUUUCCCAGUUGCCAGAGCCAAAGAAAUUUCUGAAAUGCUGUCAACUCUCCUUGCCUCAAGGAUUUUUUAAAACCCUUCCUAAAAUUGAUGUUGGUAUGUAGGUUGUAUGCAACUUUUCACAUUUAUAUAGUGAUGUUUCAAACACAACUUAAACUGUUACAUGAAUCCAUUUGGAGAAAUGUGUUUCAUGAUACAUAUAUAUAUUAUAGAGUAAUAAUGUAUUAUAGCAAAAUUUAUUGAAAUAUAGUGCAACAUUGUAUAACUAUAAAGUUAGCGAUAUUUUUCAA